UUGAGAAAAGUCAUUCAAUUCAACGAUGCUACAUCGAAACAUGCACCCAGUCAAUUCAAUCCACUCUUGAUCCAUUCCAUUGAUACACAACCGCGUUAAUCCCUUCUACAAUUCUACUAUAUAUACUCAUUAUUAUUCUCAUCUAUCUACCUCAUCGUGCUUCUAACAUUCAUUCAAUCACACUUGUUCAUUUCUAUUUAAUUUCUAUCUCUUAAUUAAUUAAGCAUGGCUGAUAAUAAGCAACCAAACUUGAACGGAGCCUACUACGGACCAGCCAUUCCACCGGCUGAGCCGCCUCGGCGCUACCGCCCUGACCGAAGCAGAAGAAGCUGCUUCUGCUGCCUAUUCAGCGUCUUCUGGAAGAUUCUUCUUGCGCUCAUCGUGCUGGUCGUGAUAGCAGGAGUCAUAUUCUACCUGGUGGUUCAGCCUCGCAUAUUCAAGUUCUACGUCAACGACGCAGAAAUAACGCAAUUCGAUUACAACACCAACACCACCCAACUCCGCUACAACAUGGUGCUCAACUUCACCGCCCACAACCCCAACAAGAAACUCGGCAUCUACUACGAUCAAGUGCUGGCCAAAGCCUUCUACGAGGACACCGACUUCGCCUCCGCCAACGUCAUCACUUUCAUGAACUCCUUCAGGCAAGACAAGAAGGGAACCAACCCUAUGAGCGGUGUUUUCUCAGGUCAACAAUUGAUUUUCCUCGAUUAUAGCCAGUACACGCAGAUCACUGAUGAUAAGAACCGUAGGAGUUUUGACAUCUACGUCAAGCUCUACUUUCAUAUCAGGUUCAGGCUUGGGGAUCUCAUUUCUGGCACCUACAAGCCCAGAGUCAAGUGUGAUCUCAAGGUUCCAUUCAUCAAUGGCACCAAUGCUUUCACCGUCUUUACGCCCACCAAGUGCGAUAUUGAUUUCUGAUUCUCACCUUCACAAUUUCUUGUUAUUUUAUUCAUUCUUUAUUUGUUAUUUCACUGUCUUUGUAUAAUAAUGUGAAUCUAUAUGCCUCAUUCCAUUUAAUAAAGUAUGUUUUCAUGGUGCAAAACUGCAAAUCGAUCGCUUAAA